AUGUCCUCCACGGUCGAUAUUGUCACUAUUGGCAAUUACAAGGAGAAGCUGCCGAGAUGGGAUCCCAACAGCAAAAACCACCGCUAUGCCCUGGUUGAUAUGGGAAGCAAUGGCAUUCGGUUCUCUGUCUCGGAUCUCUGCCCUCCUCGGGCCCGCCUGCUCAAGUGUCUCUACCGAGAAAGGGCGGCCAUCUCGUUGUUCGAUGCCCUGAACCGGCCAUCAACAUCGGCACAUGGCGACCAUCCCUUGGUCUUCCCCGAUGCGACAAUCAAGCAAGUCUCGCAGACACUGGCACGCUUCAGGUCUAUUGCUGUCGACAGCUAUGAUGUGCCUCCCAGUCAGCUGAUCGUCUUUGCGACAGAAGCCAUGCGCCGGGCCGAGAAUGCCGCGUCUAUGCUCGAGGCGAUACGUGCCGAGGCUCCCGAUCUGAGCGUGCAUAUCCUUUCGCCUCAAGUCGAGACCCUCUUUGGCGCCGUGGGGGCUCGGUCAAGCUUUGUUGAUGUGAAGGGCUUGAUUCUCGAUCUUGGCGGCGGUAGUGUUCAGAUGACGUGGAUGGACACGUCUGGUACUUCUGGGCAUCAAGAGGACCAGGGACAGCCUCUACCUGAGGUGGAAGCAGCGGUUGCGGGACAGAGUCUGCCGUUUGGAGCUGCUCGCCUUAUCAAGAUUCUCGAUACCGCCCACGUCGAUGUGCAGACGUCCGAAAAAGCCAAGCUCCAAGAUGGCAUGACUAAGGCUUUUCAGACACUGUGCGCCACGUUUCCCACCCUCGCCCAGCUUGCUGCUGAGGCGAGGGGGAAGGAGGCAGGGAUCGAUAUCUUUCUCUGCGGCGGAGGGUUCCGGGGUUACGGAAGCAUGAUCAUGCACAACAAUCCCAUCCAGCCCUAUCCGAUCCCAUCAAUCGGAUCAUACACGGCCUCUGGACAGCUCUUCAACAAAACCAAGGAGAUGCUUAAAGUCAACAAGUCUUUUGAAGGCAAAAUCUUUGGCAUGUCAAAACGCAGACGUGCCCAGUUUCCAGCCAUUGUCACUGUUGUUGAAGCUCUCAUUGCAGCAGUGCCCCCUAUACGUUCAGCAACGUUCUGCUCAGGGGGCAACCGGGAGGGUGCGUUGCUGAUGAUGCUACCUCGGGAAAUCAGGAACAGCAAUCCUUUGUCACUUCCAGAUGACAUUGAGAGCUCAAUUCCUUCGGGUCCAGCACAAGGUGGCACAACCUUACAAGCCCUCCUCAGCACCUUGCACUCGGCAUUUCCGCCCGGUUUCGACUUGACCAGCGUAGCCAGCGUCUUCAGUCUGCAGCUUGGUCCCCUUUACGCCAGCCACAUUUGGUGUCGAAUGGGCGAGAGUGGUGCUGCCAACGCGUCUUCUGCUCUCCACGAUGCCAUCAACCAUCCUGACUCGCCGGGUCUGACGCAUCUGGCUCGCGCGGUUUUGGCUGUGACUCUCUGCGCACGCUGGGGCGCAAACCUGGGCCCUAUCGAUCAACAGCUCCAGCGGAAUCUUCGCGAGCUUGUCGAUGCGGCAGAUCCGAACGCUGGUUUCUGGGCAGACUACACGGGGGCUGUAACAGCAGCACUGGCAACAGUCAUUCCAGCGUGGCCCAAAUCUUAUGAGGCCAUCAGGGACAAGAUCUCGUUCCGUUCCAGCGCUGAACAGGGGAAGAAGUACAAGUUACAUCUUGAGAUCACCAUCAGCAAAGAGGCCUCGAGAGGUCUCGAUCUUGAUGACUUGAGGGAGUUGUUCAAGAAGGUCGAGAAGCAUGGUGACGAAAAGAAGAAGGUUAUCGUCACAGUCAAUGUACUUGCUUGAUGCAGGAUUGUUGAAUAUGGACGGCUAGGCUGCACUCAAGGCCAUGAUGGACGGACGGUUGAGAGUAUGUUUCUAUCUUUGGAACGUAUCUGACAACCUCUCUUCGACUUUCUCCCAGACAAAAGGCAAAACAGAGUAGCACCUCACAAAGACGACAAAACCUCCAGCGCCCGGCUCAGCAUAACCUGACAAGUCUCGAUGCCAGAUCAAGCAACCUUUCGGGCCUAUGCAACAUUCUUGAGCACCCAAACACCCCAACCACCCGCGGGGGCCUUGUCUUUUCCCAUCCAUAACGCCAAGAAAACAGUCAUCAAUCGUCAUAAAUGUCAUCGAGUCAUCAACCUCAUCGACAUCGUCAAUCAUAACAAAUACCCAGAGCGCCCUCACUCAAGAGCUACACCAUUAUGAAACUAGCGGCGCUUCGUCUUGGGCUUCUUGAGGUCUCUGUCGACAAGAUGUGCCCGGAAGAACUCGUCUGCCGGCAAACUCAGAUUUGCCACUUGCUGGUCUGUUGGGAAAUUUACUGUCAGUCGAUCACAUCGCCGAUGCUGAUUUUUAGGACGGCAACUCACAGAAUGUUGGCACAGCAGCCACCACGCUCUGGAACCCUCUAUGGAGAGCAUCAUCUCCGAAAAGUCUCGCCUCGGGGUUCUGGAUAUUCUGGAUUGUCUUUGGCUUGUGGAACAGCUCCCAGUAAAUCACAACAACGCUACGAAACAAGUCCGCGGUUGUCGUUCGAAACCUCCGUCGCUUCUCAUUGGUCUCAACUGUUUUGUUGUUAGUACCAAAACGGUGGUGGUGUACUUUGUCUGGGGUUUUGCUCACCUCCUGGCACAUAUGGUUCCGCUUCAUUGUGCUCCUGGAGCAGCCUGAGCGACUGGCGGUAGACCAAGAUCAUUUGCCAGAGCGACACCCAUCUCGAAAGCUCGAGAAUCGGCUUGGUCGCGGUUGUCAAGCCAGCAGCAUCUUUCUUGAGGUAUUCAUCAAAGACCUCCAGAAUGUUCUUUUCGAGCCUCGAAAUUGCCGAGGCCGCGGUGAAGCGAAGCCAGCUCUGAACGGAGGAGAACUGCAACCCAAGGGGGCGGCCAGCACCGGCUUCUUGCCGCCGGCCAAAGAAGUCUUUGCAACUCCAGAUCUUCCACAUCAGCUUCAACUCUAACAAAUUAGACAAGAGCUUCUUCUGGCUUUCCACAGCCUUGAUCGGCUUGCCCGCAGUUGCGCGGUCCAUGGCCCUCUUCAAACCUUCGCCGCGGACAUGGUGGAUGUGGAAGUGGUUGAGGAGCGACUCAAAGUCAUCGAUUCUGUCAUCCAUCUGCAUAUCAUCCUGUGCCCACGCCAGAAGGGCAUUCUCUUGCAGCGGUUGCGAUGACAAUGAGAUACCAAACCGAGUGCCCUGGUCAGGGUGAAUGAAGGGAGCCACCGUCAAGGGCAAGCAACGACUGUUGGUCUUGUCUGAGAAAGAGAUAAAAAUGACGAAGGACCCGCCUUCAUUCAUAGGUUCACGCCUCGGAGGCUCGCUCAAGUUCCAGCGUGCUUGACGUCACAGUCAGUCUUUACUUCGGCUCUCAUGGCACCGAGACAAGCAUACCACUUUGGCUGGCGACCAUGCUCGACAGAAGCUGUCGAACACAGGCCAGCUCGGGCUUGGGAUGUUUCAAGCAGGGUUCGCAGGCAGAAGUAGGAGAGCACUAUGUACAGAGACCCAGUCAGCAAUGAGGUGGGCAGGGUGAAGGGAAGAAGAGGCCCUGCUUGCCUUGCUCUUGUUCAUCCUACAGUGGUAGCACGCCCCGGCAUCGCGUACCUCCUUGGUCUGCUCUGGGGACUCCAGAACUCGAGGCCUCUUGCUCUGGGGCCGCUCGUUUUGGACAGCUCUGGGGGCAGCCAUGUCUGGUUGGCCGAGGUGAGGGGGACGGAGCUCGAUGGGCGACAUCUCGCGUGUUGGUUCCGGUCCUAGGACGGGCCAGACGAGAACGUGGGGGUCUGAUUCAACGUCUGGCAUGGGAAGAUCCCCAUCAAGAUCGGAAGCAGGACCGGGUGACUGAGGUGACGACUGAGGUGACCUGGGGAAUGCGGGAACACCCUUGGCGCCUUCGGCCGAGUGUUGGGAUUGUGUGGUCACAUCAGAUGUGCCAUGCCUUUCAUAUGCCGUCCAGUCAAAGAGGUCGGAAAAGUCGUCACUUUGGGAAGAGGUACUUGCAGAGUCCCGGUCAAGUCCCUGGCUGCGGGGUGCAGCAGCAGGUUCCCCCCAUGGGAACCCACCUGCACCGCGAAUUCUGGAGCGGUCAAGCAUGAGGGAUGACAUGGUUGGUCCAAGAUCGGAUCAAUAAUACGGGGCUAGCGGCGCCUAGGUAUGUGGUUAUGUGGAUGAGACAGCAGGCCAGUGUGAGCCAAGUUCGAAUGACACAAAACAAGGCAACCGAUACGGCAAAGCUUUCUCUUCAGGAGGUCGUUUGUCCAACGAUAGGUCCGGGCCAGCUGGGGAAACCGAGAUGUUUCUUUUAAAGGCCAGAGGGUACAGGUAUAGAAAAGAGGAGAGACAAGCAGCCAGGCGAGGGUUUCUCGUCGAGUUUUCUGUGCCUUGGGGCAGCUCGAAGAGCCUCCUCUAGUCUCUGGUCCCCCUCCAUGGUGUGUGAGCCCUGGGCGGUUUUCCAAAAUCGGUGUGGCAGGGGUGUCUGAUUGGUCAAUUCAGCUCUAACACACUUAUACAACCGUCCAAUGGAAUGGCCUUGCUUCACCGGAAAUCGAGACGGGCUACAGAAAAUGGGGUCUUCUGGGCGGCCCGCGGGAGCACGGGAGAGGCACUUAUGCUCAAUGCGCACGUCACAGCACGCGGAUAGCGACGCGAAUGUUACAAUUGAUGAAAUCGAAUACUUUUUGCGAUCUAGGGAUGGACGAGACACGACUAGGACAGCAUUUGCGAAAUCUCAUUUGCCUUUUUUUGAUACCGCAGGCCGCGAACUAGGACGAGGUGGAUUCGAAGCGUUUAGAGGUUCACAAAGAGCGCCGAAUGAUCAUGAGCGAUUAUCAGGAGCCUACCUGUGGGGAAAAUGGACCAUCUCAAGUUUCUAUGACCGUCAGAUUGUUUUCGAAUCUUGCCAAAUUUUGCGGUGAUGAACAACAUCAUCUUGAAGGGAAACUUCAACUUUCGGAGAAUUGGAGCAACGCUUUUUUUUGUCAGGGCCCAGCCUUGCGGGACAUGCCAUUGCGCAACGGGGGGCAGCCCCUUCUCGCAUGCAACCCACCAUCCAUCCUCCGCCAUGCCACCCCACCAUACAGAGUUUAGACAAGAACCUCCGGCCGGCCGGUGUCUGCACAGGCCGGAUUUCAUGCGGCCAGCUUUGAUCUGAUUUCGUGUUGAUUAUUGCUUUCCUGGAACGGUAGGCGGGUUUUUUUUUUUUUCAGCUAUGUCACCACGACCACUACCGAGAUCUCGGGAUUUUGCAUUUGCGCAUGCGGGUAAGGUUGUGUGGCAUUGUGAUGUCCUCAUUUUUCUUGUCUUUGGUAAAUGCCUACCUACCUACCUAGGCAGACUGGUAUUUUGAGGACGGUUGGGUAUGGUGGGGAGGUAGAUAGUUUAUGGGAUGAGGCUGGUAAUGGCGUUGUUUGGCUUGGAGCCUGGUGUCUAGCUGAAUCAAUAUAGAGACAUGGGAACAUUUUCAAGUGAGAUGACUCUAUCAGGAUUUUUUACUAUAUUGAUUUACAAGUGCCGAGGAGGGCAAGAUUGGAAAUGGAGGGUUGAGGCGUCAGCCAGGGAGGCAGCCACCAUGUAGAUGGAUUUUUGCAUUUGGGGGCCAGAUGUGGAAGUCGAGGUCGUUGCCGGAUACCGAGG